UCAUUUUGUCGACUGCGUCACGUGCGUCCGAGGGAACAGCGAAAGAACAAGAUGGAGGAAUAUGCCAGAGAGCCAUGCCCCUGGAGGAUCGUGGACGACUGUGGAGGAGCCUUCACCAUGGGCGCUAUAGGUGGAGGAAUAUUUCAGGCAGUAAAAGGCUUCAGAAAUGCACCCUCAGGAAUGAGCCACAGAAUGAGAGGUAGCUUGACUGCCAUCAAGACCAGAGCACCACAGCUUGGAGGAAGCUUUGCAGUAUGGGGAGGCCUCUUCUCCAUGAUUGACUGUGGUUUAGUAAAAGUACGAGGGAAGGAGGAUCCCUGGAACUCAAUUACAAGUGGGGCCAUGACAGGAGCUAUCCUGGCUGCAAGAAAUGGACCAGUAGCUAUGGUAGGCUCUGCAGCCAUGGGAGGUAUCCUGCUGGCGUUGAUAGAGGGCGCUGGAAUCUUGCUCACUAGGUUUGCCUCUUCACAGUUCCCAACUGGACCUCAGUUUGCAGAGGAACCCGCUCCUGCUCCCAUGCCCACCCCUUCCUUUGGAGACUACCGACAAUACCAGUGAGAGGACCCCCCCCCCCCCCCUACCCGACACAUCUCAUCCACUAGGCCUUUUUGAAUUCCUUGCUGAAGUUACAAAGAAGAAAUGGAGAUGUAAAAUACCACACAUCAAACAAUACCAACCGCACCCAACUUUAUGGACCGUGUCAGAGAACCGAAGGACAAAAUACAUCUUCAUUUUCCCUUCUUUCACGAGCCAUGUACAGAUCUGCCUUUUGCCAUUCUCAGCCUUGUCAUGUGCAUCUGUGUCACCGUACACUGGUUAAAUACAGACAUGUGGUGAGAUUUGUUGUCCGAUGGUUUGUGGGGACGAGGUGUGUUUAUCUGUUUUCUUCAGUGUUCACUGCAUGUGGCCCAACGAGCGCGAGGGCAAGACUGAGGAGCUCUGGAUAGUGUUGAAUCUAGCAAAAACAUGUCACAUGUGGAACAUCAUGAAUAAUAUAUAAGCAUACUUAUGUGUAUAUACAGUAAAAGCUUCCUGCUUGUGUUCACUUAGUCUUUAUUUGCCUUAAACGACCUGCUUGUGCUGGCCGCUGACAUCCUGCCAGCAUUUUUUUAUUUGACUUUAGUAGAGUUAUGAAGGCAAACACCAUUCAGAUAUGAUGCUAUUCCUGGGAUAUUGGUUUGUUUUAAAGUGAUUUAUUUAUUUUAGAUUGUAAAGACGUGUACCAUAUUGUUCUAUUGUAUGUGACAGUGCUUUGACAUUCAACACAAAGGUGUGGCAAAGGCUGCUAAUGACAAAGGAUGGCCUAGGCAGUACAAACGAAUGGAGGAACUCAAGCAAGGGAUGAAUGCAUACUGUAUGAAAUCUGUAUGAUAGAUUAUUCUAUGGUACAAUAAAACAAAUAAGUUGUUAA